AUGCUCAAUGAAAUCCUAGUGAAAUGUACAUUAUGUGAUGAAAUCAAUUUGCAACGAGGCAAUUUUCAGAAUCAUAUUAAUAACUUGUGUCCAAAAGCUGAUGUAUCUUGUUCGAUCAACAAUGAUACAAGUUGUUCUUGGAUAGGAUCACGUGAUCAACUUGAAAUUCAUCAAUCUAAAUGUAAAAUUUAUCAAUCAAAAUUAAUGAGCAAUACAAACUGUAUCAAAGAUCAACGAAGUAAAACUUUAACUGUUGAUCGAAAGGAGAAUGCUGUCAAUGAAUCGACAAAUCCUCGUGAACUGGAACUUGAAGAUUACAUCAUUCGAUCUGCAGAUUGGCUGAUUGACUUAUCUGAACGGUUGAUGAUCAAUAGUGAUAUGUCAAUUGUGGUCGAACAAGCAAUCAUUCGGAAACAAUGCACUAUACUCAUCCUAAGUGAAAAUCAUAUCGAUGCAAGCGGUGCUUUAAUUCUAGCCAAGGCAUUGAGCAACAAUACGUCAUUAAUAAGAUUAGAACUUCAAUAUAAUUGUAUAGGUGAUCGUGGCGUUGAUUAUUUAGCAGAUGCACUUUCAGUUAAUAAGUGUCUCAAAGUACUUGAUCUUAGAGACAAUAACAUCACUCAUGAAGGAGCAAGACAUUUGGCUAAUAUGCUUAAAAAGAACCAAACAUUGACCUCAUUAUCACUAAAUUCCAAUCAUAUAGAUGAUCGUGGCGUACGAUUAUUAGCCGAUGCACUUAUUGACAAUAUAAGUCUUCGUCAAUUGUCUCUCUUUCAAACCAAAGAAAUUCGUAGUCGACGAGAAGAAGACGAAUUUGCUGAAAAUGAUCUUAGACAAUUUCAAGAAAAGAUUAAUAAAUUACGACAAUCAUUCGAACGACUCAAUCAACCAAACAAUAUUAAAGUGAUAACGUCUCAAAUUGGCCAAGUCGAUUGGAAUCGUCUUAUCAGCGUUGAAAAACAACAAGAAAGAGGUAAAUAUAAUCAAAUAAUUUAUCUUUCUUCAUUUCACAAUGACGAUUGA